AAUGUUAUAUAAUGUUACAUAAUGAUAUAUUAUGUUAUGUUUUAAUGUUAUUAUAUGUUGUAUUAUGUUACAUAAUGGUAUGUUAUGGUAUGUUAUGUUAUGAUAUGAUAUGAUAUGAUAUGUUAUGAUAUGUUCUCUCCAGCUCUUUUCCUCGGGCACGUCCCCUUUAAGAGAACCAUGGCUCCCGUGUUAUUAUAUGUUAUAUCAUUAUGUAAUAUUAUGCUAUAGUAUGUAACUAUAUGUUAUAUUAUGUAAUGUUAUAUGUUAUGAUAUGUUAUGAUAUGUUAUGUAAUCAUAUGUUCUCUCCAGCUCUUUUCCUCGGGCACGUCCCCUUUAAGAGAACCAUGGCUCCUCUCAAGUCGAGGCAGACAUUUUUCAAUGCGAGCCUUUUUUUCUCCUUGCAUAAAUUAUGUUCAUGACGUAGUGCAAAAGGCCAAUUUUCGGGCAAUUUUGCGCGACUUUUCUGCCGGAAUGGGAUCGAACUGUGACACCUGAAGGAUCCCGGCGGCGCGCGGGGCUGCCGAGGGGCCGUCGUCAUUAAAUAUUAACAGCGAGCGCGGAUCCGGAGCCUCCUUAUCAAUGCAAAUGGCUCUUUUGUGCGCAGCCACAGAUCCUGUCUGGGAGCUGAGAUGAAUUUUUAAUUAUGUGUGACUGAAACAAACUGUGACACGGAGCCGCUUGUGAGACAAUCACGGGGAAUAAGCUGCACGGACGCGGAUGCCAGGACAGCAGUGACGGUGGUGGAGCAGUGAGCCAUGAACUCCCAGGAUCUCCCUGCCAGGGAUGCCCCCCUCACUGUGAAUGAGCAGGUCAUUGUGAUGUCCGGCGAUGAGACCAUCCGUGUGCUAGAGGUGGAGGUCGAUGCACCGCUGCCAUUGACAAUAACCAAUGUUAAGAGUGAAGGCAAAACUGUGGAGGGAGUGGUUCGGGCCACAGAAGAGCCAGCUGAGGGCAGCGGUGGCGGCGACGGCUCCCAGGACGAACCCCCGGCGCCCCAGAGCAGUGGGGGAAUAGUGCUCAGUGAGCAGCAGGUGGUGUCUGUCGAGGCUCCGACCCCCGCUGUCCAAACGCUGACUCCUGCUGUUCCCAUCAGUGUGUCCCUGACGCAGCCACAGGCCGCCAUGCCCAUCACUGUACAAGGCUGUCCACAGGUGCUGACCCAGGAAACUCUGGCUGCUUUGAUGACCGGCAUGAUGGCCCAGACGGGGUCGCUGGGGCAGCCCCUGCUCAUCCCCCUGAGUAUGGCCGGCUCCCUCGGUGGCCAGGGGAGCCUGGCUCUUCUCACCCUCCCCACCACCAGUUUAGCUGCUCUCCCUGGGCUCACUGCGGCCAACCAGGCGGCAAACCUCCUCAAGCUGCCCUUCGCCGGCCUUCAAGGUAAAAUAACCAAACUGUCCGUGCAGGUGUGCUGUCCAUUCGGCCUCUGUGGCUCAGAUUCUGCGACCGUCCUGAACUCCCUCCACCCUCAGCUACAAGCCAACACACAGACAUUGUUCCAGCCUCAAGCCGCCUCCCUGCAGCCGCUCCAAGCAGCCGUGCAGCAGCUGACGUCUCAUCCGACACAGGUGACCAGUGCCCAGGUCACUGCUGCCCAGGUGGCGGCCGCCCAGGCUACCUCGGCCAGCAUCGCUCAGUCCAACAUAUCUUUGGCAGCUCUGCAGACCGCAGGACUCUCCAUCAAUCCGGCUAUAAUCAAUGCUGCUUCUUUGGGUGGACAACACCAGUUCCUCAGUUCCCUCACCUCCACCCCCAUCAUCACCAGUGCCAUGUCCAAUAUGGCGGGCAUCACGAGCCAGAUCAUCACCAAUGCCCAGGGACAGGUUAUAGGAACCAUCCCGCUGCUGCUGAACCCAGCCUCUCUGGCUGGAGGGGCUGCGACCUCCACCCUCCCCCUCCACGGGCUCCAGCUCCAGACCGUCACCCCGCAGCUGCUUUUCAACACCCAGGGUCAGAUCAUUGCCACGUAUGGGAACGGACCGGCCACAGCCGUCACCUCUUCAGCGGUGGUUCUGCCCAAAGCCGCCGCUCCUCCAACGCUCGCCAAACUUCACACGCAGCCUUCGGUCACCACUGUCACUCAGUCUCCAGUUGUCAUCGCCCCGCAGCCGUCUGUUCUGAAGACGGCCGCCACGCUGUCCCCCGCGGUCCCCAUCACCUGUGGAGACAUAGCGAAAGUGGGCCAGCUUGUCGGCAAACCCCAGCAGGUAGUCAGCGGCGAGGAGGGCAUUAAUCUGGACGAGAUUCGCGAGUUUGCCAAGAAUUUCAAGAUCCGGCGUCUGUCCCUGGGGCUCACGCAGACACAAGUAGGGCAGGCGCUGACCGCAACCGAAGGUCCGGCUUACAGCCAGUCGGCCAUUUGCAGGUUUGAAAAGCUGGACAUCACCCCAAAGAGUGCUCAGAAGCUGAAGCCGGUGCUGGAGAAGUGGCUGGCGGAGGCCGAGCACUGGAACCAGAAGGGCCAGCAGAACCUGAUGGAGUUCGUCGGCGGUGAACCUUCCAAAAAACGCAAGCGGCGCACGAGCUUCACACCGCAGGCGAUAGAAGUCCUGAACUCGUACUUUGACAAGAACACCCUGCCGACGGGUCAGGAGAUCACGGAGAUUGCGCGAGAGCUGAACUACGACCGAGAGGUUGUGAGGGUUUGGUUCUGCAACCGGCGACAGACGCUGAAAAACACGAGCAAGAUCAACGUCUUCCAGGUUCAGUAGAGACCUCGUCCCCGGAGAGAGUUCACCUCGGAUCUUUAGUCCUUUUUAUGAAAAGCGGAGCAUUUGAUAUGAAGACACAGAUGUAAAUAGUUCUGUAAAUAUGAUUUAAACUCUGAAAAAGCUGAGAGAAUAUGAACUUUUUUUGAGAAAAAUAUGGAAAUACACGAUGGAAGGUUUAUGAAAGAUUAACAGAAAUAAGUUCCUGUUGUGUUUGAAGUCAAAGUGCAUGGUCCGCUCAUCAUAUUUAAAAACAUUUUAUGAACUUUUGUACAAGUGGUUUUAUAGGCUGCCCUUCUGACUUCUUUCAAGUGGGCGAACACUUAUUAAUAUUGAGUUUAAUCACAUUUUGACAUGACUGACAUUCUGCUGAUCUCUGUGUGAUGUGCUUUUACCACCACGGAUGUUUUCAAAUGUUUAUCUCCUCGUUCACUUUAUAUUCACAGAAGAUUCAGACAGAGAUGAGACUGUAGACUGUAUCCUGCAAGCUGUCUAAGAAAUGCCAAAAAUAACAUUGUCCUCUAUUGACUCUGGAUUCUUUGGGACAAUCGUCAUUUUGAUAUUUGUUGUUGAUAAUCACAGAGAUUGAUUCAAAAUCUGUCGUCGUUUCCUGUAGUUUAGCUUCGAUCGUUUCAUUCAGCAGAACGACAGACGGUUGUUUCUGAUGUUCCACAGACAACAAACAGGUUCCUAUCACAAUGAUACUGUGGCUCAGGCUCUGGACCUUGAUGCCGGCGUAUUUCCUAUAAAGUGUUGUUUCAUUUGCGAGUUACCGACUGUGGAAAAAUACACAUACUGUAUGUGGGUGACACACGUGUGUGAAUUUAUCACUGUCUGACUUUAUGCUUUCUGUUUAAUGCGCUUAUCGUACUCUGAGAGUAUUUUGUAUUUUCAUCCGUUCACUGUUGUUCCUUCGAUGCUUUGACAUUUUUUCAUUGACAUUUUUCUUCUCAAGUUAUCUAAUAUUUUCAAAACAGCUUAAUUUAAACGUUUAUUAAAUUAAAUUAACUUUUUUCAGCCUCUUCCCUCAUAUUAAACCUAAUUUAGGUCAAAUAGAUUUACUGUGUUAAAAGAAGAAGAAAGAACUGUUUACUAAGAAGACUUUGUGUGUUCUGACUUUCAAUCUGAAUGAGUGUGAAGAUGGUUUCUCAUGUGCAGUUAUAAAAUGUAGGAACGAGAUUGUAGCAUUUAUUUUUCAUUAUUUUUGCCAAUUCUUUAAGAAUUAUUUGCACUUUAGUGGAAGUUGGCGUGUUAUGGAUUGUUUGUCUGUGCAGUGCAAGUUUUCAGUUAUGCUUUGUGAAAGAAUUUCAUUUCUGUGUUUAAAGAGUUCUUGAAAAGCAAGACGCUUUUCUUAAUGUGUCAAUACAGGCAAAACUGCAAUCAACUUGACAAAUAACAUCUUUUAUUAAGUUUAGUGUUCCUCUUAUGCAGAUGAGAUGUAAAAUACUGCAGUUUAACUAUAACUUUAAUUUUUAUUUUGUUUGUGAAUGAUACGUUGAAUGGUGCAUUUUAUGUUCCACCAUAUGUUUGCCUUUUUAACAACGUUACAUCUACAAAUGGUUUGAUUUACAAUGGAAACAAUUAAUAUAACAAAGAACUUUAACAGGUUUUAACUUCAUGUUCAAUAUGGGAAGACAACAUAUACAACAUGGUUUAAUAUACUAAGAUACCAAUAGAGAAAAAAUUAGCUUAAUUAAAUCAAAAAGAUAUCAGCUUUCAGUUUUUUGACUGCAAAGCACAUAAGAAGUUAAGGUUCAUGCUUUUCUUUGUCCUUUUCUGUCAAAUGAAUCAAAUAAAACUGGUCUUUAUGAAUCA